UUCCCUCUUUCUCUCUCUCUACACUUAUCCGCUGAGCUUUAUUAGCUUCACUGAAUGAACGGACGAACGAGCGACGACGAAAACGUGACCGAGUAACCAUUUCUUCUUCUUCUUCUUCUUCUUCUUCUUCGCAAAGAGCUCUUGAUCAUCGGACAAUCACGCAUGAGACUCGAAGCGGAGGCUCAUCAUCAUCGUCUUCGUCGUUCGCUCCAUCUAUCCAGUGCCACCACCCGCGAAGCUUGAUGACUGACUUGGUUUCUGCUUCCGGCGGCGCACUGCGACGUCCACGUCCACGUCCUGAGGAAUCCUUUUUCGCCCCGAUUUUCGCCUCUGGUGAUGCCUUUUUCGUUCCACAAGGCGACGCCGUCCGUCUGCGCGCUGAGGACCGGAUCCGGGAGCGGCAAAGUCCGCAGCCAGGAGGCCUUGGGCUCGGCCUUCGUUCGGAGGCCGAUUGUGUCUCCGGCGAAGGAUUUGGCUGGAGAUUCGGCGGAGGAUGAGGCGUCCGGAGAAGCUGAGAAGACUAAUUUGAGCGACAGAGAAGCCGAAGACAGUGAAGAGGAAGUGGAGGAGGCGGAGGAGGAAUGGGUUGAUUGGGAGGAUAAGAUAUUGGAGGACACCGUGCCUCUGGUUGGCUUUGUGAGGAUGAUUCUGCACUCUGGAAGAUAUCAAAGCGGAGACCGGUUAAGUCCAGAGCAUGAGAGAACCAUUCUUGAGAAGUUGCUUCCGUAUCAUCCUGACUUUGAAAAGAAGACUGGUUGUGGAAUUGAUUAUAUUACGGUCGGCUACCAUCCUGAUUUUCAAAGCUCAAGGUGCUUGUUCAUAGUCCGAAAAGAUGGAGAGUUAGUUGACUUUUCCUACUGGAAAUGUGUAAAAGGCCUCAUCAGGAAGAAGUAUCCUUUAUAUGCGGACAGCUUCAUUCUUAGGCAUUUCCGACGGCGAAGGCAAACUGAUGGACGGUAGCAUUUAUCUCAUUCCGCUUGUAACUUACUCAAAAAAAUUGAAAAACGAAAGAAAGUAACAGCUUUCAUAUUCAUAUGCCGAGGAAUUCAUUCGUCUUAUUGUUGCAUCUCUUAUGCUAUAAUCAAUUCCCAGAGAACUCUGUGGAGGUUAGAAGGUAAGAUUUAAAGUACAGGGUAUUGCAAUAUUCUUGUGAA